AUGCUACACAAGAGUACGUUCCUAUACACCCGGAAAACACUCUUUCUAGAUUUCUCGCAAAAGGUGGGACGCUUCUUGACCGAUAUACCUGAUACUAAUGACCAUUCGGCAGACAAGCAUUUAGGCACGGUCGAAAUGAAUACUUCAUCUGAAGCCAGUGUCAACACGCCGCCUGUCAAGGAGACGCAGCAUGCAGAUGAUAUCCCUCUGAAACUUUGUCAAAAUUUAGCGGACAUGGAAAUGCAAGCAUCCAGGGUGCUGAGUGAAAGAGCAUUCACCUAUUUCCACUCUGCGGCUGAAUCUCUUAGUGCCUUGGAAGCUAACCGGAGAGACUGGGCAAAAGUGUCUUUCCGUCCUCGAGUACUUAGAAAUGUUGCUCAAGUUGAUAUGUCCUGCAGAAUAAUGGGCCAACCUAGCAGUCUCCCAAUCUUCAUCUCUCCAAUGGCGAUGAUCAAACUGGCAAACAAGGAUGGCGAGUUGGCUUUUGCGCGUGCGGCUGGGUCGAAGGGCAUUCCGUCCGCCUUCAGCACUUACGCAUCCUGCUCGCACGAAGAGAUUAUGCAAUGCGUCAAAUCUGAAGGGCUGCCACACACUCAAUUCUUCCAACUAUAUGUACCGAGGAAACGAGAGAACGCGGUGGAGCUAAUCCGCAUGGCACGCCGUUUAGGUUUCAAAGCGUUGCUUGUAACCGUGGACACGCCGGUUGUCGGAAAGAGGGAGGAAGACGAUCGCUAUAAGGCCCGAGUAGAUUAUCAAUCCGGCGUGGAGGACACACCUCGGACAAUCGACACAUCGACAUCAGAAGAGAAGCCAAUCCUCCGAGGAGUCCACUCAUCAACACUAAAUUGGGAUGACUUGGAGUGGAUUCGAAAUACCUGGGGCGAUGCAGGUCCCAUCAUUUUGAAGGGCAUUCAGAGCGCCGAAGAUGCCUUGCUCGCGUAUCGAGCUGGGGUAGACGGAAUCUACCUCAGCAACCAUGGCGGCAGACAGCUUGAUUUUGCACCAAGUUCGCUGCAGACCUUGGUGGAGAUUCGGAGAUUCUGUCCUGAGAUCGUGGGGAGGAUAGAUAUCUACCUCGACGGCGGGGUGAGGAGAGGAAGUGAUGUCCUCAAGGCUAUUUGCUUGGGAGCCAAGGCUGUGGGCGUCGGGCGGCCAUUUGUCUACGCGCUCGGCGCCUAUGGACAAGAAGGAGUGGAACGUGCAAUUGACCGUGAGUGCAAGAUGGGCUCGCAAUUCGGGCUCGCAACUGACUUUUCACCACAGUCCUUAGCGACGAGGUAG